AUGAGCGCAGACGAAGGCGGAGGCACAGCUUCCAUUCCGGCCACAAAUGGCGAUCUCCAUGCUACCACCCCCGAUCCGCCCUCGUUGGCGACACCUGCCAAGCGAAAGCGUGUGUCAAGUCAUGAUGACAAAGUCGCUCAAGACGCUGGCUCGUCUGCGUCGCAAGCUCAGGAAAAGAUCAAGCUACAGGAAACUCUGCGUAAUCUCGUUGAAAUAUUAAGCAAAAACGAUACGGAUCUUCAACUCUUAUCCUGUCCAUUGCCAUCAUCUCCAACGAAGCCCCGUUUGAAGCGCGCGAAAGUCUCUGGCGAAAAAGACGAGGCCUCCACUAUACAAUCCCGAGUCGCUUCGAACCGUUAUAACACUCUGUCGGAAUUCUUGAGUGAUAUCGAGAAGGCAUCGGCUGCUGUGAUCGAGAGGAAUAAAGCCCAGGCGAGCGGGCUCCAGGCUGAUGGGUCGCCUGUGACCGAAACUGUCAAUCGUAUCGCGGCAUUUAAGAAACUCUUGAACAGUCUCGUUCGUCAGGCACACACGAGCCAGUCGAACAUCAAGACAGAGACAUCCGAGGAGGAUGCAGAGACACCGGCGAAAUCCAAUACCUCCAAUGUAGAGGCUCGGAAUGAGAAUCUCGUCUUGACGCUGUUUGGGAACCCAGCUAAUCCCAAGCAACUAUAUUCAAGUUUACAGAAAUCCGUCAAGGUUCCACUGCCUUCAGACGACCCGAAAGCAGAGAAAUAUGUGGAGGUGCAAGCGCCACUACGUGAAGUCGGCUUACCAAACGGUAUCACGACCACGAAGAUCGAACCGUACAAUCUUGAUGAAAAUCCAGCGGAGCCCAAAAGGACCUUUGGGGAAGUUUUCGCGCCUCGGUCAACCUUGCCUCAACUGGAAAUGCCACGCAAAACAAAGUCUUCCUCUCGAAAUGCUCUUAAUGGCUGGAUCGACCCAUUUGACGCCAUCACUGACUUCAAAGCUUUCCGAGGAGAUCGGAAUAAUUACUGCCUUGCACCUCUGCCCUCUGGUCAGUGGCUCCAGUAUGGCGGGGUCACAUCAUCCCCGUCUUAUUGGAACCGCCGCGAUAAACAUCAGCCGUCUCAGCAGCAUAGUGACGAGAAGUAUACCGAUGAUCCUUCACUGUGGGUUGACGAAGACUCGACUGUCUUGCAGGGUGUCUACUCAUCAUUCGCUCCUUCAUUCGACAGUUCGGGUGCCGUUGUCCAGGCUGAUUCGAAGGACUUGGUAUGGUGGAGCAAACGAGGUGCAAGACGUUUAGAGACUUUACUUUCAUUGCCAUAUCAAGAAGCCGCCGAAGAGACAACGUCUGAACGGCCAGGCAAUAUUGGUGAACUAGACGAGAGUACCUUGGAGGAGAUGGUAAAGAACUUCAAGCCCGAAGAAUUCGCCGAUAAUGUUACUUGUUCCGAGGCCUCUAAAGCAGAUAAGGAGGAAGAGGCAAAAUCCCGGGAUGUAGAAGGGCUAUUACAUGACAUCUCUGAUCUACUGGAGACUUUGAGUUCGUACCAAAAAAUCCGGAAUCUGGACGUCUCAGCUCCGAACGUUCAAGGCGCCGAGCCUAGAGAAACAGGAUCCGACUCGAGGAGCUCAGAUGACCCUUCUACAGAAGAGCUGGGUGUGUAUGAAACAUUAAGAUCAAGUCUGGCGGCUCUCAUUUCAAAUUUGCCUCCGUAUGCGGUUGCAAAGCUAAAUGGCGAUCAGCUGGAUGAGCUGAACAUAAGCCAGAAAAUCGUCAUCGAGAACCCGGACUAUCGGGGAACCAUGGAGAAGGAUGACUUCACAGCGCAUCAGGAGCGAAGCGCGGCCAUGGCCCCAAUGAGUGGUGCCGCGAAUCGGACUUCAACGCCAUCCCGGUACAAUUCGCGGGCAUAUAGUUCUGGCUCUCGAGCCCAAUCGCAAGGUGGCUUCGCUCAACAGCCAUACUAUAGUGGAAGGCAACCCUCCACUUCCGGGCCAUACACUCCAGGCCAUCCACAACAGUACGCCGGACCUCGGCCACCAGUAACACCUUCACAACGACCAGGGUAUCUUUCAGGAUACUCUCAGCCCACUCCUCAGUUCAAUCAGCAGUUCCAGCGACCAGGACAAAAUGGGUACGCUUCCUACUCGGGCCAGCAAGGGCCAGCCGCCCAAGCUUCGCCACAGCCCUACACGCCGCGCCCCGCACAACCAGGGGCAUACAAUGCUUCUUACGCAGCUGGGCGCAGUGCUUCUCCUCAGAAGCCAGCAUCAUAUGCGGCUCCACGAACACCAUACAUGACUCCGGGUUCUAAUAACCCUCAGCAACGGUUCAUACCACAGCAGCAGCAACAACCACAACAGCAACCGCAACCGCAACCGCAGCAACAACAACAACCUCCCCCAUACGGCAACUAUCCUUCCAAUCAAGCUCCUCCACAAUCGGCAGCAUACUCCAACUCAGCAGCUGCCAUGACUUACGCGCGAAGUGCCGCUGAACAAGCCGCACUGAUGGAGAGGAAUAGAACCCAACUUGCAGCUCACGCGCGACAGAGCUCAACACCACAACCCCCAACUGAAGGCAGCUCCCAGGAUCGAAGCGUAACACCCGGUAACAGACAGAACGGCAACGCGGUCCCUUCAUGA